AUGGCUCAAGCUCAGACCGUGGCCAUCAUAACUGGCGCGAGCCAGGGCCUAGGUGCGGCGUCUGCGAUCCGGCUCGCCCAGAUAUACUCAACCAUCGUCCUGGUUGCCCGCAACGAGUCGCUGCUAGCAGAGGUCGCGGCGAAGGUGGAAGCCGCAGGGGCGAAGACCCUCACCAUCCCAGCGGACCUCUCUGUGGCAGCGUCGGCGAAGGCCGUGGUGGCAGCCACGAUCGACAAGUUUGGGCGCAUCGAUGCGCUCUUCAACAACGCCGGCUCCGUCAAGCCGAUCGACCUGUUCAAAUUGACCGACGAGCAGUGGGACGACGGGUUUAACCUGAAGCUGCACGGCGCGCGGCGCCUGACCCUCGAGGCGUGGCCGCACCUGAAGGCCGCUAAGGGCGCGGUGCUCUUCAUGUCCGGCGUGGCGGCCGAGGCGCCCAAGGCAGGCAACGCGGCGGUUGCGGUGGUCAAUUCCGCGGUCAAUGCGCUGUCGAAGGCGUUUGCCGACCGCGGCCUCGAGGACGGCGUGCAAGUCAACACCAUCCUGCCCGGGCCUGUCGAGACCGAGCGGCUGGUGACCAUGGCCACGGAAUUUGCUCGCCAAAAGGACAUCCCCUUGGAGGAGGCCAAGGCGAACCUGCUCAAGUCCAUGGGCAUCCCCCGAUUCGGCAAGCCUGAAGAAAUCGCCGAGCUCGUCGCCUAUUUACUGUCGCCGACCGCGCGCUGGAUGACCGGCUCGGCAGUGAGGAUCGAUGGCGGUGUGGUGAAGGCGGUAUGA